AUGUCUUACACCUCCCGCGUGGGUCUAAACCACAUCGAUGUUGUCGGCCCCCUUUUGCCGGUAACCGGCUCCUUCCUCCUCCCCUUCACAGCCUACUUCUCCCUCCUCUCCACCCGCGUCUCCAUGUCCCGCAUCGCCUCCAACUGCCUUCUCGGCUCCGCGCCCCCCUCGACCGAGCCCAACGCGGCCGCGAAGCAGCACGAGCUCCAGGUCGCCUCCCGCGCCCAGGGCAACUUUGCUGAAUACGUGCCCCUCGCCUUGCUGCUCGCCGGAGUGGCCGAGCUCAACGGCGCCAAGAAGAAUGUGCUGACCAGUGCUCUGGGGGCCCUGUUUGUCGCGCGGGUGCUGCAUGUUGAGAUGGGCUUGAGAAGACCCGAGAGCACGGGUGUUGGUCGGCCGGUGGGCUACUUUGGAACGCUGGGCGUGAUGGGAUUCCUGGCCGGGUAUGCGGGCUUCUUGGUGAAGGAUUAUUGGGGGUUCUAA